AUGUCCAACAACACUGCCAGUUUCCGCACACACAUUGAGUCCGCUAUCAAGGAUAUCAGGACAGUCUUGCACGAGAAUCCCUCGUGGAUGACCAAGAAGCGGCUUAAGUAUGUCGAAGCGUCGACAGACGACGAGCUCAUUGAACGCCUAUUGGUAUUUAUACCAGUCAAGAUCCAGAAUGCUCUGGGUGUUAGAGGGCUCGUAGGCAUUGAAGGCCUCCUCCUUCUUGGCCGUACUGAAGGCGAAUGCAUUCCGGACAUCAACCCCGGCAUCUACCUUGCAGUGGGGAAACCGAAAUCGGGUGAGGAGAAAGUGCCUGUUUGCUAUGGCGGUUCCGGGAUUUCCGAAAAUGGAACCGAGCAAAGAAUCGCCCAGCACGACAACCCUACGUAUAGAGCCAACCAUUCAACCAAGCUCUUCUACCAGAAGCUGGACGACCCGGACUGCCCUCGACGCGCCGAAGCUGUGUGCUUGGCGAAGUUCGCGCGCGGCUGCCCCCAGUGGGUGGAAAACGAGGAACUGACGGCCGUGAUGGAACAUGCAUUCAUCAUGCUCCUCGGCCUCCUUGACAACGGUGCUUCGUUUGACAAGUACAAACGAAUGGACUCUUACGGAGCCAUUCGGCUCACGCGGAUGGUGCCCACGAACAGACAGUUGCCCCUCUUUGAGCAGCCACGCCUCGACCGCAAGAGGCCUUACACGAAGGAAGAGAAGGCCGAGAUUCCGGCUUUUGAACGAUCAAGACCAGCGCCAGAGGGCCAGGUUUUUCCCGCAAAGGUGAAGGGUAACGGUGAGAUUGCGAUGGCCGAAGAGCUCAUGGCGGCGCAAAAGUCUCUUCGUAUUAAUAUUCGAAGUUUUGUCGGCAACGUCCCGAUGAACUUGUGCUCAGUGGACGAUUGGCGUUCGCUGUACGUUUGA